AGCAAUCUUGAAUGAAUAGCUAAAGCAGCUUCCAGCUUUCUUAGACAAAAGGGGGAAGAGCGUCCAUGCCUGAAAUUGAUUCUGUAUGAAAUUCUCCACGCUGGCUUAAGAUCUGAAAGCAUGCAGGACAGAAGUUGUGAGCAGGCUGUACCUCUAUCUUUAAUGAUGAAGGAGGCUUACUCUACAGAGAAAAACAGUCAUGCGGGAAACCAUGAAAACAUGUCUGAAGAUUCCUCAUCUUAUGAACUCUUUUAUGAUUCUCUAUCGGACAUACAGGAUGGGACAUUUUCGAAUGAGCUGUCUGCCUUUCUCAAUAAAGAUGAGAUAAGCAAAAGCCUUGAGCUUGCUCACAGUUCUAUUAUACAUUCUGUAAAGGAAGAUGAACCAGCAAAGCAGGAAUUCACAUAUUACUUCAACACUUCUUCAAAUUCACCAGACAGUGCCUUUUCCAGGAAGACCAAAGAGCAUGAUCAAGACACUUCAAAGAGGACUCAGGUGAUGAGCCCAAGCUCACUAUUGGUUUCAGCACAAACUCUCCCAGACCAGAAGAACCAGAAUACAUCUCAGGAAGCAAACAAUUGUUUAAAUGUUACUGGGCAACAAUCUAAUCUAUCUCCCCUGCUACCUGCAAGACCCAGUUUUAUUCGGAGUCUAAAAAAUGCGGAAAGGGGUGGUCCAGGUAUGCAAAAGCUGAGCCCCAAGUCCAAACCAGCUUCAGGAGGUGAUGCCCCUUUCAAGAAUAAGCUGUGUGACAAAGCGGCCACUUUGAUCGAAGAGCUCUCUUCCAUCUUUCGAGAAGCAGCCAAGACAAGAAUCAGGAGCCCGGAUGGAAACUCUUCUUCUCCAGAUAGUGGAUAUCUUUCCCCUAAAAACAAACAAUCGGCCUUGUCAAAUUCCUUAAGGAACCCAACCCCUGACAAAACAUGCCCAGAGAUCACACCUGAGAGUGAGAUACCUAACGUCACUCAUGCUGGAGAUGCUGUGCUCCAAAGGAAGGAAGGCUUUCGGGCCAGUGAGGAUGCCUCCCUGAACCAGGUCAAAAAAGAAAGCCACUAUCAACCAGCACCCCCUCGAUUUACCCAGAAACUCAGAAGUCAAGAAGUUGCUGAAGGAAGCAAGGUGACGCUCCAGUGCAGAGUUGCUGGACACCCCACACCUCAUGUCCGGUGGUUCUGUGAAGGCAAAGAACUGCAACAUUCUCCUGAUAUUCAGAUCUGUUGUGAAAGUGGAGGUCUCCAGACAUUAGUUAUAGCAGAAGCUUUUGAGGACGAUACAGGGCGCUACUGUUGCUUGGCCUCAAAUUCUGUUGGCUCCGAUUCUACUUCAGCAGAAUUAUUUGUUGAAGGUGCCAGCUCCUCUGAUUCUGACAGCGACGUUUUCAGAUCAAAAUCUGGAGCCAUGCCGCAGGCCCAGAAGAAAAGCACUUCUGUUUCUUUAACAAUAGGAUCUUCUGCUCCAAAGGCUGGAAUCACGACAGCAGUAAUCCAGCCUAUAUCUGUGCCUAGUCAGCAGGUCCAAAGUCCUACUUCAUACCUCUGCAGAUUAGAUGGAUCAAAACCUAUUCAUGCUGCACCUAUUUUUACAAAGGAGUUACAAAAUUCAACAGCAAGUGAAGGACAAGUAGUUGUAUUUGAAUGCCGAGUAAAAGGAGCACUUCCUUUACAUGUUGUUUGGUUGCGGCAAGGGAUUGAAAUUCAAGACUCUCCAGAUUUCCGAAUUCUUCAAAAAAAGCCCCGGUCUGCGUCUGAACCUGAGGAGAUAUGUACGCUGGUAAUUGCAGAGACCUUUCCUGAGGAUGCAGGAACCUUCACAUGUACAGCAAGAAAUGAGUAUGGCUCAGUCACCAGCAGUGCAAAACUGACCGUGCUGUCAGCCAAUUCUGAAAGCUCCAGCCAGGAUGUGUCAAUGAGAGAACAAAAUGAUAAUGACUUCCACUACUUCCCACCUCCACCUCCACAUCUUGAGAUUAGUUCUGUUGAACUUUCUCCAAAGCACUCUGAGAGCCACCAGAUGAACAAUGCUAGGCCGAGCAUAGCAGCUCUUCAAUUACAGCUCAAUUCUGCAGAGAAGAAAAGCAAUGGCGUCCAUCCCAGUCAUGGAGUAAAUGGGGUGAUUAAUGGCAACAACAAAACUGAUCAAUCUCCUCAUCAUCCUGGAAGCUUGCUUUCACCCACAAAAACACCACCACCUGUGCUUGCUAAGCCGAAGCUGGACCCUCUAAGAAUCCAGCAGUUGCAGAACCAAAUCCGAUUGGAAAAAGAAACUGGCCAGUGGUGUCAUCAGCCGUCAUCCCCAACGUUCCCCCCUCCACCUUCCAUCCAAGAACUUGAGUCCAGCCACGCUGCUGCUUCCCCUGUUCAAAUGAGCGUCCUCAACUCUCAUUCUCCUCCCACCAUGCAGUCGUCCAGCUCCUUCAACUAUGCCCGUCCUAAACAAUUCAUCGCUGCACAGAACAUCAGCCCUGCUUCAAGCUAUGUGACUCCUUCAUCUGGAUCUUCCACAGCGAGCCUCCCGUCCCCUAUGUCUCCUACGACUUCUCAGAAACAGUUUGGCAGAACAGCCGUCCCCCCUUUCUCUCAGCCCUUUUCUCCUGAGGGGGAGUACCCAUGGUCUCCUUCCCCACCCCCUCCCCCUCCCCCUGUUUUUAGUCCAACCUCUACUUUUUCAGUGGCCGAUCCCUUCCCAUUGCCUCCGCCUCCUCCGCCUCCUCUCCCAACCUCCGUCCCCUCACCUUCCCGCAGCCUCUCUCCAGCAUCUAGAUUUUCAAACUCGAGUCAGUCCCCAGCAGCCUUCCUCAGCUCCAUGCUGCCAUCUCAGCCGCCCCCCGUCUCUGUUAACGCACUGGGACUUCCGAAAGGCGUUACACCUCCGGGAUUUCCAAAGAAAACAGGCAGAACUGCCAGGAUUGCAUCUGAUGAAGAAAUUCAGGGCACAAAAGAUGCUGUUAUCCAGGACCUGGAAAGAAAGCUUCGUUUCAAGGAAGACCUGUUGAACAAUGGCCAACCAAAGUUAACGUAUGAGGAGAAAAUGGCUCGCCGACUCCUAGGCGCUGACAGCGCUGCAACAGUCUUUAAUAUUCAAGAGCCGGAAGAAGAACUGGCGGGACAGGGAACUGGCUCUGAUGUUUCUGUAGUGACUCCAGAGGAUGUUCAAAAGGAAUAUAAAGUCUCCAGCUUUGAGCAGAGACUGAUCAGUGAGAUUGAAUUUCGGCUAGAGCGAUCUCCUGUAGAAGAGUCUGACGAUGAGGUGGAGCAUGGAGAAGAUGCCCUCAAUAACAGCGUGGCACCGUAUUUUGAGAUGAAGCUGAAACAUUACAAGAUAUUCGAAGGGAUGCCAGUGACCUUUACAUGCAGAGUGUCUGGAAAUCCAGCCCCAAAGAUCUAUUGGUUCAAAGACGGGAAGCAAAUCUCUAAGAGGAGCGAACACUACAGGAUGCAAAGAGAACCUGACGGGACCUGCUCUCUCCACACCGCAGCCUCCGCCCUGGAUGAUGAUGGGAAUUACACUAUCAUGGCUGCCAACCCACAGGGAAGGGUGAGCUGUACAGGAAGGCUGAUGGUCCAGGCUGUCAACCAGAGAGGACGCAGUCCCCGGACACCCCCUAGCCAAUCUCAUAUCAGAAGACCUCGGUCUCGGUCAAGGGAUAGCGGAGAUGAAAAUGAGCCAAUCCAGGAACGCUUCUUCCGACCUCAUUUCCUGCAGGCCCCAGGAGACCUGGUAGUUCAAGAAGGAAAACUUUGCAGAAUGGACUGCAAGGUCAGUGGUUUGCCAACUCCAGAUAUCAACUGGCAAGUCAAUGGAAGAGUAAUACGUUCCGAUAGCUCCCACAAAAUGCUUGUUCGUGAAAAUGGUGUACACUCCCUGAUCAUAGAGCCUGUCACAGCAAGAGAUGCUGGCAUCUAUACAUGUAUUGCCACCAAUCGAGCUGGUCAGAACACAUUCAGCCUGGAACUGAUUGUUGCAGCUAAGGAAGCACACAAACCACCAGUAUUUGUAGACAAACUACAAAACACAGGAGUAGCUGAGGGGUACCCUGUGCGACUGGAAUGCAGGGUUUCAGGGGUGCCGCACCCUCAGAUCUUCUGGAAGAAAGAGAAUGAGUCGCUCACGUACAAUACUGACAGAAUGAGCAUGCACCAGGAUAAUCACGGUUACAUCUGCCUGCUUGUUCAGGGAGCUACAAAAGAAGAUGCUGGUUGGUAUACUGUGUCAGCAAAGAAUGAGGCUGGGAUUGUAUCCUGCACAGCAAGGCUGGAUGUCUAUGCUCAGUGGCAGCAACAAUCCCAGGCCACCAAGCCAAAGAAGGUGCGUCCCUCAGCUAGCCGAUAUGCAGCACUUUCUGACCAAGGACUAGACAUCAAAGCUGCAUUUCAGCCAGAAGCAAAUCCAGGACAUCUGACACUGCAAUCUGGAUUGGUAGAAAGUGAUGAUCUGUAAAUCCUAGCUCUCAGAUCUAACAUUUUCUUUCAAAGUGAAAACACUGAAAGCCAUUUUCUUGACCAAUUAUAAUUUAUGCCACUUUGUGAAAGGCAGCCACCUUGUGUGCAAAAGAUAAAGAACACCUUAAUCACAUAUUUCUUGCUCAGUAUACAAAUUAGAGUAGAUAGUGGUCAUUCAAUAGAAAUGUACAUCCUACACACACACACGGACAUCACCUUUAUCAUAACCGUUUCUUAUUACCAUGUGGGUAGUACUAUUUUGAAUAAUCCUUUUCACAAAUGCCAAAUGCUGAAGUGAAUGUGAUUUUUCAAAAGCAAACACACUGCAGAACUUCUCACCAAGUGCCUUUGCAGGUGCUAUUAAAAAGUAACGAAUAAUGCUAGCCAUUUUAUUGGGCCACAAGACAACUGCAGUGUAUCAGCAAUGCAUUCUGAUAAUGACAGUGAAAAUGUGCAAUAAUGAAAGAAUAAAACAAGAUAGGAAAAGGAAGACAGAUUAAGUGAAAUUUAUCUCUGUAAAUGGCUUUCUGUUCUCAAAGGAGAAAGGAACUACUUGCCUUAAUUGUACUUAAUAUGGGCAAGAAGGCUUCAUUUGACUUUUGUUAACUAAGAUGUGGCUAACUUAUACAUGUACUGCCAGGCUGAAUCAAUCAUAAAGUAACUUAAAAUAUGAACGUUAUGAUGGGAUUGUUUUACAGUGUUAAAUUUGUAACAGUGGGAUAAAACGGGCAAAAGGCCAGACCUUCCUCAGAGGAUGAAAAUACAGAACACAUUACAUUUCAUCCCUCUGAAAUUCCAUGGUUACCUGAAUGCUUUUUUUAUACUGGAAAUUUGAUUGACCAGAACCUAUGAGACACAAAUGAGGAUAAUUAGUAUAGAGUAAGUGGGGAAAGAGUGAGUCUGCAAUAAGGGUUUAAAUAAUAAGCACAUACUAUAGAGAAUAGAUGAGUAGAUAUGGGGGAAUGCAGAAAGAUAAGGAAAUAGUGUUACAUUUUAAACACUGCAUGCAUGUGUACUAGAAGUUACAGUUUUGUGUUCUUGCCUACUGCAGCAUGAAUAACUCUGCCUACGGCUGGGACCUUGUGAAGGAGGUUAAAAAUGGUUGAUUUUCCAGAAUGUAGACUAGUUCUGCAUCUAAUUUGACUUUACUUAGAUAGUAUUAUGCAAUUUGGAUUUAAAAUAAAUUCAUUUUAAUUGGGAAGCAGUGGAAGACCACUUCCAUUGAGUCCGGCAGAAAUAAAAUGUGGUUUUGAUGGUACAAGAGUACUUUGCUACAAAAGGAAAACACUGUAUUCCUUAUAUGAAGCACAUUUAUAGUACUUUAUUUAUAAUAAAAAUGUUGAAUCUUUUAUCUCAACUCAGUUAUUCAAGUGCAGUACUUUUUUUUUAAGAAAAGGUUUUGUAUUAUGUACCACACCAUAUAUUUUGCAUUACAGCUAUACAUGUAUUGCUUUGCACCUCAUUGUUAAGCACACAAACCAGGUUUUUAAUGGCUGAUUAAAAAAAAAAACAUUUAGCACAGAAGAUAGUUACUUUUCUAUGCAAACUGCUGCAGAUGGUUAAAACCUGCUAUAGGAAUUUCUUAUGUAUUUUUAUUGUCAUACACAAUCUGUCAUAUCAAACCGUCAUACUGUCAUCUUCUAGCCAGGCAUGUCAUAUCAUUCACUUACCAAAUUCUUCUCAAAUGUGAUUUGCUAAUCUACUAUUUGUUUAGCUUCACUAGUAGCAUUUUGCUUCUUUUUAUUUGUAUUUAUAAAAAAAUGUACAAUCAUACUACUUUGGAUUGUUGUGCUGAUAUCAUGUGGGUUUAACAUCAAUAAAUAUUACACAAAUCAGUAA